UUCACACAUAACUAAACACACCAGUUCUAAUAUCUUCUCUAAUAGUAAUAAUACUCUUCCUCUUCUGAUCUCUCUGUAUAGAUCUAUCUCUGUGUCAAAACCCAUCAUUCUCUUUCUUCAUCAAAAAAUUAAUGUCGUCACGUAGGGAAGAAACUGAAGCAAGUGAUGACACAAGUGUCAUUAGCUUAUUACAGAGUCAGACAGGUUCAUCCUUGUCUUUUACUUCUUCCACCACCACCACCACUAAUAAUCUGACUCUUCCUAACGUUGACACCACUACCAGAACCAUGGAAGAGAUCUGGAAAGACAUAUUCACUGAAAAUGAUGAUUUGUUUUACAACGACUUGCUAGAUUCCUGGUCUGACUCAGGGGACAGCCAAUACAAUAAUCGCAGGAUCAGAAACCGAGAGUCAGAUAGUGAAAUUCGAGCACAUAAUGCUAGAAUGGAGGCACACAUGAAUUACUUGGAGAUUAAAGUUGGUGUAUUGGCUGAACAGAAUAAAAGGCUUAGGCUCCUGACAGCUGAGGUCGAGGAUAUUGCAGAGGUUGCUGAUGAUUAUGAACUAGAUGCCGAACUGGAACACAGCCUCCAAUAUAAGAACAUAUAAAUAUUUCAACGUCUGUACUAUAAUAAGAGUGUUAACUCUUAACGUGUGUGUUUCUAUGUUAUUUCCUAAGAGGCUAGAACUUAAUAUAUGGGCCUCUAUAUAUAUAUGUGUGUGUGUGCAUGUGUGUGUACUACUGUUAUCAACUAUGUGUGCUUUGUUAUUAUGUAUUCAGUUAAAGUAGAAGUUUGUAAUAUUCAGUGUGGUGGUUAAGACUGUUAUUUGAGCUGUAUGAAUACAGAACUACUUAACCUUUGUCUGUA